GGCCUGACCCUGUCCCCCCCAGCCAUGAGCCGCCGCGUGGUGCGCCAGAGCAAGUUCCGGCACGUCUUCGGGCAGCCGGUGAAGGCCGACCAGAUGUAUGAGGACAUCCGGGUCUCCAAGGUGACGUGGGACAGCUCCUUCUGUGCCGUCAACCCCAAGUUCCUGGCCAUCAUUGUGGAGUCUGGUGGUGGGGGGGCCUUCAUCGUCCUGCCCCUCGCCAAGACGGGACGGGUGGACAAGAACCACCCGCUGGUGACGGGACACACGGCCCCCGUGCUGGACAUCGACUGGUGUCCCCACAACGACAACGUCAUCGCCAGCGCCUCAGAGGACACCACUGUCAUGGUGUGGCAGAUCCCCGAUUACGUCCCCGUGCGCAACAUCACGGAGCCGGUGGUGACGCUGGAGGGACACUCCAAGAGGGUGGGCAUCAUCUCGUGGCACCCCACCGCCCGCAACGUCCUGCUCAGCGCAGGCUGUGACAACCUGGUGAUCCUCUGGAACGUGGGCACGGGGGAGAUGCUGCUGGUGCUGGAGGACAUGCACACCGACCUCAUCUACAACGUGGGCUGGAACCGCAACGGCAGCCUCCUCGUCACCACCUGCAAGGACAAGAAGGUCCGCGUCAUCGACCCCCGCAAGCAGGAGAUCGUGGCGGAGAAAGACAAACCCCACGACGGCGCCCGCCCCAUCCGCGCCAUCUUCAUGGCUGAUGGCAAGAUCUUCACCACCGGCUUCAGCAAGAUGAGUGAGCGGCAGCUGGGCCUCUGGGACCUGAAAAACUUUGAGGAGCCCAUCGCCCUGCAGGAGAUGGACACCAGCAACGGGGUCCUGCUGCCCUUCUACGACCCCGACUCCAGCGUCGUCUACCUCUGCGGGAAGGGUGACAGCAGUAUCCGGUACUUCGAGAUCACAGACGAGGCACCCUACGUGCACUACCUGAACACCUACAGCAGCAAGGAGCCGCAGCGGGGCAUGGGCUUCAUGCCCAAGCGUGGGCUGGACGUCAGCAAGUGUGAGAUUGCCCGGUUCUUCAAGCUGCAUGAACGCAAGUGCGAGCCCAUCGUCAUGACGGUGCCACGAAAGUCAGACCUCUUCCAGGAUGACCUGUACCCCGACACGCCGGGCCCCGAGCCGGCCCUGGAGGCGGACGAGUGGCUGUCAGGGAAGGACGCGGAGCCCAUCCUCAUCUCGCUGCGGGACGGCUACGUCCCCGUCAAGAACCGGGAGCUGAAGGUGGUCAAGAAGAACAUCCUGGACAACAAGCCCCCACCAGGCCCCCGGCGCAGCCACUCCACCUGCGAACCCGACCGGCCAGCCUUGGAGGAGGUGCUGGAGGAGAUCCGUGCCCUGAAGGAGACGGUCCAAGCGCAGGAGAAGCGCAUCUCCGACCUGGAGAACAAACUCUGCCAGUUCACCAAUGGCACGGACUAGCGUGGUGGCCAUGGCCACGGGCAGGGCGAGGACUGCCUCGGCCCCCCCGGGGAUUAAAGCCGAGUCCCCGCAGAGGGCAGGA